UAUAAAUGACUAAACAACAGGUUAAGAUAUAAAUUAAUAUACAAUAGGUUGCAAUAAAAAUGACUACAAUAAGUUACGAUAUAAAUGACUAUACAAUAAGUUCAGAUAUAAAUUUCUAAAUAAGUUACGAUAUAAAUGACUUUGCAAUACGCUGUUAUAUCAAUUAUUAAACUUUGAACUGAGAUACAAAUAACUUAUUGACAUACAAAUUACUUCUAUUACAAGUUUAUUACAUGUACACGUACAAGUUACGAUAAAAAAGGACAACAAAAUCAUUUGUGAUAUCGAUCGAGUGUUAUCAUGCAGUCACUUUUGAGUUUUGACACGAUCAAUAUUCACUUUUAUUGAAAGGUCUUCAAGUUUGACUGUGGUGACAAUAUAAACAUUCAAACAAAACAGGUUUAUUAAUUCAACACUCUCACUCUCACAUGUUUCUUUUGGUUUUGGAAUUUAAUGUCAGGCUUUUUCUCAGUGUGCAGUCCCCCAAAAUAGUCAGCAGGUGGUGGUAGAGACCUUCUCUCAGCAUUUCAUUAUGUUAUGUUUUAUUUAUUAAGUGGUAAAUAAUUACUGAGGUGACUAUGUGGUGGAAAAACACUUACAUAUAUAAAUGCUCGGUAAAUAGUCAUGUUCAUUCAAACACAGCAAUUCAUAUUUAAUAUAUUCAUAUACAGCACAUGUUAGUGUAAAGAAUUUCUGAAAUACUACAGAAAAUACUUUCUACAGUGUAUAUAUUAAGUGUGUGGAUGAAAGGGUCAUGUGACUAAACGGAAACAGUUAACAGGGUAAUGAUCUGCCAUGUGGAGAAUGGUGUGUGUGUGCUGUGGUGUUGCUAUGACAACGUUUUUUGUGGCACAAGGGAACACACACACACACACACAAACAUUACUCUAGUGUUUACAUAGAUAAUGGGAGUUCACUGCGACGAUUAAAGAGGAAUUUCCCCUGAGGGGGGCGGUGGCGGUGAUGGAGCGUUACGAGUCCCUUGGUCUGGUCGGCGAGGGCAGUUAUGGCACCGUGCUCAAGUGUCGUCACCGAGACUCGGGCCAGCUCGUGGCCAUCAAGAAGUUCAUGGACUCAGACGACGACAAGACCGUCAAGAAGAUCGCGCUGAGGGAGAUCAAGCUGCUCAGGCAACUGCGUCACGGUAACCUGGUCAACCUACUGGAAGUAUGGAAGCGCCGCCGCCGCUGGUAUCUGGUGUUUGAGUUUGUGGAGCGGACACUGCUGGACGUUUUGGAUCAGAGCCCGAGUGGACUAGACCUCAGCACCAGCCGACGGUUCCUUUACCAGAUUCUGAGCGCCGCCGCCUUCUGCCACCAGCAGAACAUAAUCCACCGAGACAUUAAACCAGAAAAUGUCCUAAUCUCUCACGGGGGUGUAGUCAAGCUGUGCGAUUUUGGCUUUGCGCGCACCUUGGCGUCCCCUGCUGAGGGCGAUGUCUACACGGACUACGUAGCUACUCGCUGGUACAGAGCCCCUGAACUGCUGGUGGGAGACAUCAAAUAUGGAAAACCAGUAGACGUGUGGGCCAUAGGUUGUCUGGUGUUGGAGAUGCUAACAGGUCAGCCGCUGUUUCCCGGAGAUUCUGACCUCGACCAAAUCCACCACAUUGUCAGGUGCUUUGGAAACCUGACUGCUCAUCACCAAGCGCUGUUCUACAGGAAUCCAGUCUUUUCUGGAGUCAAACUACCAGAAUGCUGUGGCCAAGUCCAACUGCAUCAGCGAUUUCCUUCAAUCUCACCCGUCACCAUGGACUUGGCACAGAGUUGUCUUCAGGUGGAUCCAGAAAGACGAGCUCAUUGUUCCGAUUUGUUGGAACAUCCUCUGUUCACAGAGGACUCCUUCCACAUCAGGUUUUUGAAUGAGCUGAAUGCGAAGAUUCAAAAGGACCACAGAGAAAACUCAACCCUUCCCAAAAUAACCAAAACUCCAAAACACGGAAGGGAUAAUGCUACUGUGGAGGAGAAGAAAGACAAAAAGGAAGAAGAGAAAGUGGAGAAAAGAAAAACAAAGCAGCCUAAGCCUAAACUUCUUAAAACAGUUCAGAACAGCCCAGAAACGCUGGAGUCCACCAAACAGUCCAAAAUAUUAGGUGGUAAAGUUGCCGAUAAUGCAGCAAGAGAAGCAGAUGACAUAAAAGUUACCACCGGUGCUGGGUCAAGCAAGAAACUGAAGACUUGUAAAUCUGUUAAACCUCUCACCUCCAGUUCCUCACACCAAGGCAUCAAGACUGUAACUGGUCUGAAAGACAAGAACACAUUGACGUCUAAAUCCAGGGACGGUCAAGCUGUGAAAGCUGUGAUGGGCAUCGACAGAUCCUCUACAUCAAAGCCAAGUCAAGAGGUUGGAAAGAAGUGGAACAACAGGAACUUGUCUAAAAACUCAAACACAGAUCAUCCAAAUGUGAGCUCAUGUCUGGAAUCAGCUGUCAAUCAAAAAGACACUUGUUUAGCACUUCAAACAUGUUCGCUGCCAAGCAAUGACCGCGUUGAGGUCACUACCUCAAGUACUAACCCCUCUGCCACCAAGCCAUGCAAGGUUUCUGCCUUUUCAGAACAACAGAUCAAUGAAUAUUUGAAAGUCGUACCCUUGAACCCCAAGCUCUCCAUGACUACCUCAACCAAUACGUCUUUGUCAAUUGGUCCAUCAAAGACUUGUAUCUCAGUUCUUUUUAUACAGACCAGUCCUGCAAACAGUAUCAUGACACUACACAAAGGAAUUUCAAAUCCAAACUUGUUCAACACUGGCUCACCACCUAAACCCACCAAUGACACAACCGGCGCACCCAACAAACCCUCCGAUGCCGUUGCAGAAUACCCAGAACCUGCCAUUGAGGGGUCACCUGAAACCAAACUGAGCCCAGAGACCACAAAGAUCAUAAGCCACAUAUCGGUACCCAGUACUUCUGGAAGAGAUCACAAAGAGCAUCUUGAAUCUUCUGAGCCCUUCAGUGUCCAUCAAGAGAAUGAUAAAUUCAGGAUCAACCCAGAAUCCAGAUCCCCCUCAGACCCCACACUGAAUGAAAUCCUAAAAACAAAUUCGCCAGUAGAGACAGCUAUUCCUAAAAUAUGGAAAUUCUCUGACAAAGAGAACACAGAGGAUUCAACUGUCUCUGUGUCCGUCAGUGCAUCAAACAAGUCUCCAGAGAGUCAAAUAUUUGGAAGUCCAAGCGAUAAGAACAAGAGCAAUGGAGUUAAAUCUGACAUGAAACCUACCUCCGCAACAGCAAUACAAAAAAAAUCAUCAUCAUUUCCUGCAGAGGCUACAGAGAAGAAAAGUGACAUGUGUACAUCGACUGCCACAGAUUCAACUUUACAUGGAACCCCAGACCAUAAAUCAUCAAAAAGAAUCUUCAUCUGCCAGAACAUGGACUCUGCAGAUGUUAGCAACGUUGACGCCAUCAUACCCAAUUUCACCUCCAAUUCACCUCCUGCCCCCUGCUCCACUCCUGUCCUACUCCCCCCUUCCUCGUUCUCUGUCGCCAGUACCAACAUCCCAACCAUUGAUGAUCACCGUACCUCAGUACAUUUUCCCCCUAGAAACCACGGUCUAAGAUGUAAAGACAAGAAAAGGCAUUACGGUGGGAUUUGUAAACGAGUGACGAAACCAUCUCAGUCAAACUACGUUACUACAAAGGUUUCAGAUAAGAGUCUGACUGGUGGGCGCUUCUUCCAGUGUGAUUGCUGUGACAACGGUAACGGCGAAAGGAAGAAAUCGGACGUCCACUUGCCAGAUCUAAGCAGCUCUGUGCCUCCACAGUUCAGAGGAAGAGAUGGUGGGAACAACAGCACAUACACAGGCCUGACUGUAGGAGUUCUGUGUUGCUAUGGAGACGCCUUUGAUCCCCAUGCUUUUCCAGGUAAACGCAAAGACGGCAACGACAAGGAUUCGAGGAAAGAUAAACAAACAGUUCCUGUUGUUUCUCCAAACACACACACACACUCACCCUAAUACACACUAACACAGGUUUACUAUUUUUACUCAACACAGACUGACUUCUUCCAUUAGUCGUUUUUGUUUAUUAGCAGUGCCUAAUUCUGCUAAAAUGAACCUUUUCCAUUUACACAUGGUUGUUAGUGUCUUAAUGGGAUAGUUCUUGGUCUUUGAAGAGUGGCUGCAAAUGUGUGAUUUUUGUCAUUUUGGUGUUGGUGAAAUCCU